AUGCUUCGCCUUAUAUCAGCUCCGUCAGCCCUAAAGGUUUACAAUGCACAAAUUUCCUUAUUACCUAUAUCUCGCAAAAAUGGGCCAUGCCUCACAAUAGUUCGGCAGUUUCAAAAGUCGAUUGUGGCCCGGAAGAAGUUUCAGUACUAUCCUGGUGCCAAGCCGAUGUUUCCUGAACAGGAUUAUCACAAAGCUGAACCGCGGAGGGAUCAGGACGGAAACGUGAUCUGGCACGCCCCCAAGAGUCAAAUUGAGAGAGCAAAGGAUUUCCUCCGUGAAUGUGCUGCCGCUGGUAAACAGACUCUUAUCGUCCCUGAUAAGGAUGCCGAUGGUCUUGCUGCUGGAGCUAUCAUCAGAAAAACCCUCAUCUUGCUCGGCCUCGAUUCCAAGCUGAUAUCGUGCUACACGAUGAACAAAAACAGCUCAUGGAAAUCAGAGCCCGUUGUCGACUCACCCCAUCGGGCGUUAGUCAUUGACCACCAUCUGGCAGAAGACGAUGACCACCCUGAGGGCGCGAUAUUAGUGACGGCGAACAAAUACCCACCGAUAGCUACAAGUUCGCUGCUGACGUAUCUGAUCUGCCGCAACUUACACGAAGGAGUCGAGGAAUCAUGCGGGUGGUUAUGUGUCAUGGGAACGAAUGGGGAUCUGGGUAAGGCGACCAAAUGGCGCUCGCCAUUCCCGAACAUGGAAGCGACGUUUGGGACGCAUACCAGAACGACGAUAAAUAAUAGUGCAAAGCUCAUCAAUGCUCCUCGCCGAACUGCAGCCUACGAUGUCCUUAGAGCCUGGAAAAUAUUGAUCAAGGCCUCAUCACCCAUAGAGCUUGUCAAGAAUAAGUUCUUGAAGGAAGCAAGGGCCAAAGUGAUACAUGAAAUGAAGAGGGCCGAUCGCGUGGUGCCCUUGUUUUCUGCUGAUAAAAAAAUUGCAGUGAUCCGCAUCAAAUCGAAAGCACAGAUUCAUGCUCUCAUUGCAGAACGCCAGGCUCGUCAAUUGUUUUCAAGAGAUCUCCAAGUCGUGAUGAUAGCGAAUGAAGGCUAUGCACGAGGCGUUGUCAACUAUUCGUGUCGCGUUCCAACGUGCGCCAGGGGCAGAGAUCCUCCUGUCAACAUCCCGGAAAUUCUUAGUCGAGCAGCAGAUGGUACAGGCGACGAUACGGUGAGAGAGCGAUUGGGACCUAGGUUCGCUGUUGGUCACAAGAACGUAAGCGGCGGAAUGAUUCCCCAAGCUGCAUUCGAGGAUUUCUUGGAGGCCACCGGAGUUUCAAGCGAUAAAAAGCCAUCGCCUUCGCCGAAGAAGUCACCAAAGAGUUCUACAAAUCAGGAAUAA